AGUGGCUCUGUGCAUCCAGGGCUGGCACAGCCAGCUGCAGCCUCCUCCUCCCUCUGCAGAAAGUGAGCAAACUUGCACAGAGAAGCAGAAAGGACAACGAAGCUCAGCUGCGAAACAUUUCAGCAGAUCCAGCAAUGGCCUGGGUCAGUAAUUUCUCCUGGUUAAACCACCUUGUUCUUCACGAAGAACGUCUCGGGGGCUACUUGAACAGCACUGAGGACUAUUUAACCUUCCUGUGCGGGCCCAGACGGAGCCACCUGUUCCUGCCCAUGGCUUUGGUGUACUCGGUGAUCUUCGUUGUCGGGGUGGUCGGGAACUUCUUGGUUUGCCUCGUCAUCCUCAAGCACCGCAGCAUGAAGACCCCGACCAACUACUACCUGUUCAGCCUGGCGGUCUCCGACCUGCUGGUGCUGCUCUUCGGGAUGCCCCUGGAAGUCUACGAGAUGUGGAGCAACUACCCCUUCCUGCUGGGGCCCGUGGGCUGCUACCUGAAGACGGCCCUGCUGGAGACGGUGUGCCUGGCGUCCAUCCUGAGCGUGACGGCGCUGAGCGUGGAGCGCUACAUCGCCGUGCUGCACCCGUUCCGCGCCAAGCAGGCCCGCACGCGCCGCCGCGCCCUCAGGGCCAUCCUGGGCCUCUGGCUGCUGGCCCUGCUCUGCGCCCUGCCCAACACGGGCACCCACGGCCUCGUGCUGCAGCGCUUCCCCAACGGCACGCUGGUGCCCGGCUCCGCCACCUGCGCCGUGGUCGUGCCCCUCUGGAUCUACAACUGUAUUGUGCAGAUCACCUCCUUGCUCUUCUAUGUGCUGCCCAUGGGGGUGAUCAGUGUGCUGUACUGUCUGAUGGGGCUAAGAUUGAAAGGAGAUGAAUCUUUGGAAGUGGAGGAAAUGGCUGUGAAUGUUCAGAGGCCAUCCAGGAAAUCAGUCACCAAGAUGCUGUUUGUCCUCGUGAUAGUUUUUGCCAUCUGCUGGGCUCCAUUCCACAUAGACCGACUUUUCUUCAGCUUUGUUGUGGAAUGGACUGAGCCUUUGGCCAAUACCUUCAACUUAAUUCAUGUGGUGUCAGGUGUUUUCUUUUACCUGAGCUCUGCCACAAACCCCAUCAUUUACAACCUGCUGUCCCAGCGCUUCAGGAUGGCUUUUCUCAGUGUGAUUUCUCCUUGCUGCAAGCACUGUGCCCGUAAGCAUCCCACUUGCAAGAUUUCAUCCCAGAAGAGCAUGUUUGUGAUUCAGAAUCACAAUCUCAUGGACUCUGCUGAGAACACGAGUCUCCCUGGCACGCACAGGGCAUCUGUCAGCAGCUCUCAGCUCUCCACUGGCCUGUGA